GUAAACAUAACAACUCGGUCGUGAGCCUGAAGCGUUGGCCUGAAGUGAAGCAAAUAGCUAGCUAACCUAAUUGAAGAGGGAUUAAAUGUUAAUGUAUUUGGUAACUAGCUAGCUCGCUUGUUUGCUGCAUCUAAACAUAACAGAUGUCGACACAGAAAGAUAUUAGAUUACCACCUUUAUCAUCGUUUGAACGGCAAGUGGCCUUGUCCAAUUUAGUAGUAGGCUAACGUUAACUGUUAACUUAGCUAGCUCACUCAGAUAACGUUACUCUAUGAUAGUAACGUUACUAAGCGAAUCAUAUAAUAAUAAUAAUACAAGUAAUAAUUUCUAGUUAGCUGCUUGUUUCCAUCUCACUUUCAGACUGUCGUCUGAGUGUCAACAUAACGCUGAAAAAAGAACUGGGCGACAAGUGGCAAUUGGCGGUCCUGGCUCAUGUAGAGCAUCAACCAGAGUUGGCUGUACUUCAGGCUACCUGUCAACCUGGCCUGCCCAUGUCACCUCUCAAGUUGUUCAGCAGGGGAGGAGACAUACUUCAGGUGGAGAGAUCAGGAACCAUGGAUGCGGUGAUGAUUUUGGUGGCCCUGUGGGGAAGCCACGAUUCCUGGAGCAGCUUGAAAGCUACCUAAAGAAGGAGCUGCAGGCUCUUGACUUACAACAACCAAAAGUCCAAGAGCGCAAACUACAGGUCCCAUCCAUCUGCCAUAUAAUAUACAGGCAUACCGGGAGGUCUUUGGCUGUUUCAUUGAGGACUUCAAAACGUACAAGCCGCUUCUGUGUGCCAUAAAAAAUGAAUAUGAAAUCACAUUAGCAUACCUACGGGACCAGAUCCGGGAGCUGGAGCCUCUCCGUGCUCGUCUGGUUGUGGUGUCAGAGCAGUGUGAAAAGAGGAUCCUGGGCCUGCGAGAGGAGGAGAGGGUAGAGAUUAGAGCUCUGAAGCAAGAGCGCCAACACCGUCAAAAGGUUAUUGAAAACAUGAGAGAGACACAGAGUUCCCUGCAGACCCAGGUGUGUUGUCUGCAGGCAGACCUGGCCGCUCAGUAUCUGAUGUACAGAGAAGAAUGUGAUGCUCGCAAGCUGCUCAUCGCCAACAUCAGCAGCAUGAGCUAUGGACCAGAUGAGGAACCCGAGGAAGAGCAGGAAGAAGUGGAAAUCGAGGACCCAGUGAAAGAGAAAUUGGCUCUGAAGGUGUGUCGAGAGGACCUGACUAAAGCCCAGGUGGAGCUAAAUCGCUUGCAUGCGGAGUAUGGAGACGUAGUUCCCCGCCGUGACUGGGAGACGUUGGACCAUACCCACAAAGAGAACUUGCUUAAGCUGGAGACCCUGCAGAAAGACUUUGAUCAGAUGAAGGCUGAAUAUGACACACUGCUUGAGGUGCACAAGCAAGUCACAACACAGAGGGACAGCCUCCAGGGAGAACUGGAGGGCUUCAAAGAGGCCUCUACCCCCAGGCCAGAAUGGGAGCAGUGUGCAGACGUACUGGGAGGUAGUGAGCGUUGGGCAGAUCUCUCCCAGGGUCAGUCCAGCCAGCGGCGUUUGGAGAUCCUUCUGGCAGAACUGGGAGGAAAGAACUCAGAGUUUUUCACUGGACUGGGUACUUCUGAUGAUGUGCCCAUAUACCUGCGCUAUGAGGGGCAGUUAAAGAACCAUAGGCUAAAGAAGAAUGCGGUUGUGAGAAUCCUCAAGGAGGUUUGGAAGGAGAAGGUCAUGGAGGAUGGAAGGAGAAAUGAAAGCAGCAAUCUUCCCGAGUUUCUUCAGCAACAUCUGGAGAGACAAUAUGGGGAAAAGGCUGGAGAGUGGGCUUAUAGCUUAGUAGAGGGCAUUCGUCAACACCAAAAGGAUGACUCUGUCAGCCUCUUCAAUGACAUUCUCACAGGAAAGGUGGAUGAGAGUGUGUACCAUGGUCAGACGCAUCUACUGUCUAACCUGCUGAAAGUGUUGAUCCACAGUGACAGUACAGAGAGUGGGCUGCUCAGUGUUCAGGAUUUCAGAGAUAACUUGCAAAUGGCCUUCCCUCUGAAAAGAGCGCAAGACAUCGAUGAGCUAGUGACCACAGCUCAGGCCGAGCUAGACAACAACGGUGGGAGCCUCCCAUACCAAAGACUGUAUACAGAGGAUGCAGAUGGGAAACACAAAGACUUCCUGAAUCUGGUGAAGAAGCAGGCCUCCACAGAGAGGCAUAUGUAUAUCAGCCAACUGAGGACUCAGCUGGGAGGCAAAGGAGAGGUGACUGUGGCUGAUCUAAGGGCUGCCUUUAAGAACAUUGACCCCUCUCUGGACGCUAUCAAACUAGACUGGGUCCUAACUAUGGCAUUCCAGAUACACCAGGGGGAGCUAGAGCAGCACACAACACAAAUGGACACAGAGCUGGCCCUGCAGCACCUCCUGGCAAUAGAUGUGACCAGGGCUGGGCCUGCACCACAACAGGACUGAAUCGCUCUAAGCACUUUUAGAAAGUGGUAGCCGUCAGGCAUCUAACUGUUUCUUUGCUAUCCUUGUGGCCUACAAACUCAUGAUAUAUUUCCAAAGGAACCAGGUUGAACAUUAAACAAACACUUAAACGGACUGUUGUUACUGAAAUUAUCUGUAAGUCAAAUGUGUUUCACACAGUAACUUAUUAUCAGUGUCAGAAAUUGAAUAUUUACGUAAAAACAUUAGCAUCCCAAAGUUGAGCUGUCACAUACUUCUCUGGUGUUCUAGUAGCCAGGCUAGCAAAUUGUUCACCGGAGCAGUGUGUGGCUACUCAAUUCAAACGUCUGUUUAUAGUAGCAUACAGUGCCAUUAGAACUGUGCCAUCUUGUGGAUGCAGGCAUGUAAAACCAUGGCCAUUCUAUCCAUCCUUAUAAUUUCCACAACAAAUGUAGUUUACCUUCAUUAAAGUGGGCUGAUUUAAAAGGUAACAUAUUUUUGUAUGUUGAGAGUUUCGUGUGGGUGGAAAAACCUACCAGCUGUAUAGAGUGAAGAACUUCAUUUCCCACGUAGCAUUAGACAGAUGAGCAUGCGCCUAAACGGGUGUAAUCGCCAUAACUGGAAGCCGGGGCACGGUUUUGAGUUCGCGGUGAUUCAGAAUGGGGGAAAAGCCAAUUUGGGAACAGAUAGGAUCCAGUUUUGUGCAACAUUACUACCAGCUCUUUGACACGGACAGGACCCAGCUUGGAGCAAUAUAUAGACUGAUCCUAGACCUAGAUCAAAUAAGUUUUGACAAGCAUUCAUCUGAGGAACGUUUUGGGCCAAAGAAGUCUCAAGUUAGACUGUGGGACAGGCAAAUAUGCAUGCAUACUGACACUUACAAGCUAAAGCAUAAUAUAUAAAGCAUAAUAUAAAGCAUCAUAUAUUUCAAUAAGAGGUACAAAGACAGCAUAUAGUUACUUAUUUUAAGCUGUUCAAAUAAUUGUAAUGUCCAUUUAUCAAUCAUGAGAACACGCAAGUUGUUGAUUGUUCCCUUUUCUUUACAUUCAGCUAGGUUAGCAUUCUUGAGUCAAUGUGUUGUUUUUGAGCCCCCUAUUGGUAGCACGAUUUAUAUUUUUAGAUGGGAGGAGAACUGCACAAGCUAUGACUCAUUUGCGUUAUUAUACAAAUCUAUUACUGAAAGGCUUCUGUUAACUAUAUUUUGCCCUUAAAUAAUAAUAAAAAUUUUAUCAAAGAAUAAGGUAAGAGCAGCAGAGCCCGUUCUUCUAUUCUUCUUCCACAUGGUACAUGACUAAAUAGUUGCAUAUAACUCUCUCAUACCCUAACUUGAGUAUGCGUAGAAAAGUUAGUUGUGAAUAAAACAGAUUGGGAGUCGGGACAUACCUCACAUCCUUCCACCCUAUACCACCAAUGUGCCUUGUCCCACUGACAAACUCAAACCUCUGCUUUUCCUUUUUACAGAUCGAUGCAUCAUGCCUUACAUGGGAGGGACAGCAAUUCCAGGGAAAAGCAGCGAUUGUCGAGAAACUUUCUACUCUCCCCUUCUUAAAAAUAGCUCACAGUAUAACAGCACAAGACCACCAGCCCACACCUGACAGCUGUAUAAUGAGUAUGGUAGUAGGACAAUUAAAAGCUGAUGAGGACCCCAUCAUGGGAUUUCAUCAGAGUUUCAUCCUGAAGAACAUCAAUGAUGCCUGGGUAUGCACCAAUGACAUGUUCCGGCUCGCGCUGCACAAUUUUGGCUAAGGACACCAGAAGUGGGCAAAGUGGAUAUAAGGGAAGGCUGAGGAUGGGGGAGGUCUUGCAGAGACACCUAAACGCCCAACCUCCUCUCUGUAUCAUCCAUACCUGUUUGAGAAAUUACACCGGAUUCCAGAUGUCAAUCACAGAGACAUGCAGGCACAUAGGCUACAUGCCUUCAACUGAAAUGAGAUCUGUUCCUUUGCUGAGAGUUCACAGAUCCAUCAGAGUCCCUUUCCCCACGCUGACCUGCAUGAUGCUGGGGAGCUUAAAUAUCUGAAGAUGGCAGACAAGGAAAAAAAUGUACCAAUUUACCUUCACCAUUUUAGUUUUAUGUUCGGACUCAAAUGUCUUAUCCUCAUGUUUUCUCAUCGUACACCCCUGUGUGUUAUCAGCUUGCCUUAUUGUAUACAACUAAAUCUCUUUUUAAAAGUUUAAUUUAACAUUCAUUGUUAUGUCAGGUUGCUCUAGCAAUCCAAAUAAUCAUAGAAAAUAUUAUCAAUAACAUCCUUAGACCAGCAAGCUUCCCAUUUCCCCCUCAUGCUCUCUGUGACAAUGAAUACAAAAGCCAUGAUACACAAUAAACCGUUUACUUUUUCUUAAUGUGAGCUCAUUGUUCCUCUGCCUUUCUUACCCAUUUCUCUCCCUCCACUUACCUUGUCACUCUUAUUUUAAUUGUGUUAGCAUUAUAUUGUAAACCAUGUAGGUUCUGGUCAGUAGUUCUAUAGCACAUUGUUGUAUAUGAUCUGCUAUAGCAUGUAUUUUCUUGAGCAAGAUGCAGCCAAUAUAUUGUUAUAUAUAUGGACAUACGGUUCCCUCAAUUUUUUCCCCCAAAAUAAUUUCCUUUGGCCGAUACUGCAGAAAUAGAACCCCAUAAUGAGGCAUGCUCUUGGAAAUUGGGAUCACUUUGUGCCAUCAAUGUACUGUAGCAUUGACCUGACAUUUCUGGAGAGGCUUUGCAAGUGUUCUUUUGCAAGACGAGGAACAGGCAUGUCAAACUGCCUUAUUUAUUUCCCUUUUUUUUUUAUAUAUAUUUUUUUUUUUACAAUGAUUACAUAUAUAUAUAUAUAUAUAUAUAUAUAAUCUCUUUUCCACAUGGAACAGAAUGUACGGACUGCACAUUUUAAUUCCAUACAAUGUUUUAGAAAAUAAAGAAACAGUUCUUGCCUGUUGUGAGACAAGGAAAUCCCCAAGACUUCCUGCAGGAAAAGUAAAGUGGUGGUGGGGGCCACUUCUCUCAUAUGAUCAUAUUUUUACAGUAAAAUUUGUCUAGUAAUCAAGUUUAUUUUUUUUCUAUUUAGAUUUACAGUUUAUAAUUAUCUAUUGUUACCAAUUGUUUGCUGUCAAUCAACGACUGGCAUAACUAAUGCUUUUCCUCCCUCAGCCAGUGCAUUGGCUACUGUUUUUGUUUUCCCUGAUGGUACACUGGUUCAAUUAAGAAGAUCAAAGGCAUCUCUUCAAGGUCUGCUAUCAUUCACAGAUGUACAAGGUAUUCUAUUCUUCUGGCAGACAGAAAUAAAAGACGUAUGAAAAGUU